AUGCAUAGUAUCGUCCCGGACGUUGAGAAGCGCGCAGGCGCUGGCGCGAACGACGACAACAACAACAACAACAACACUCUAUUCAAAGCCCAGACGGACACGGCCGCGACUAUCAGCGAGGGCUUCACCAGCAGCGGCGGCUCGGGACCCUAUGCGAAGCUCCAGCGGCUCGCGUCGAAAUGGCACGUCGAGAAGCGAGGCAUCGAGCGUGUGCCGGAGGAGGAGCGGAAUGACACCUCGUACCUCAACAUUGGCUCCAUGUGGCUCGCCGCCAACCUGGUGGUUCCGUCCCUGACCAUAGGCGUGCUCGGGACGCCGCUGUUUGGCCUCGGGUUCGUGGACUCGGCCCUAGUCAUCAUCUUCUUCAACGGCAUAGGCUGUUUGACCGUCUGCCUGUUUUCGACCUUUGGCCCUGCGUUUGGGCUCCGCCAGAUGGUGCUCUCUCGGUUCUGGUUUGGGUGGUGGGGAGUUAAGCUGAUCGCACUCUUCAACCUACUCGCGGGCAUCGGCUGGUCGGCGGCAAACAUCAUCGUGGGCGCGCAGCUCAUCAAUGCCGCCAGCCGCAACACCGUGCCGGGCUGGGCGGGGAUCCUCAUCAUCGCCUUGUGCACUCUCGUCGUCGUCUUUUUCGGGUACAAGGUCGUCCACCUCUACGAGUACUGGAGCUGGAUCCCGACCUUGAUCGUCUUUCUCGUCCUCCUCGGCGUCUUUGCCCACACGGGUGAUUUCAGAAACGUCGCCAUGGGGUCUGGAACGGCAGAGAUUGGAAAGGUGCUUUCGUACGGCUCUACUGUGUUCGGCUUCGGCACGGGGUAUACUUCACUCGCGGCAGACUACACCGUGUAUCAGCCGAGUAGCCGGCCCCGUCGCAAGGUCUUCUUGGCCACCUGGCUGGGCAUCUAUCCGACUCUUCUGUUCACAGAGCUGCUCGGUGCUGCCAUCGCCACCGCAACAACCAUCAACGGCGGUGUCAACGCGUAUCAGCAGGGCUACAAGGAGUCGGGCGUCGGAGGCCUCCUCGCCGCGGUUCUGUUCCCUCACGUCGGCCGCUUCGGGCAGUUCUGCCUGGUGAUCCUGGCCCUGUCCAUCGUGGCGAACAACUGCCCCAACAUCUACUCCGUGGCCUUGACCCUCAUGGUCAUGGGCCGCUGGACCACCAAGGUGCCGAGGUUCAUCUGGACCGUCGUCGCGUCAGCCGUCUACGUCGGCAUCGCGAUCCCCGGGUACACCAACUUCGAGGCGGUGCUGGAGAAUUUUAUGCACUUCAUCGGGUACUGGCUGGCCAUCUACGAGGGCGUCUCGCUGACGGACCACUUCGUGUUCAAGAGGGGCUUCUCGGGGUACGACCCGGCGUACUGGGACCAGCGAGACAAGCUGCCGCUGGGCAUCAGCGCCCUGGUGGCGUUUCUCCUGGGCAUCGCUGGCAUGAUCAUCGGGAUGAGCCAGACGUGGUGGGUUGGGCCUGCUGCGAAUGCGGCUCAUGGCGGUGACUUGGGGUUUGAGCUUGGCUUUGCCUUCUCGGCCCUGUCCUACGCUGUCAUGCGGCCUUUUGAGCUCAGGGCAUUCGGACGGUGAUUUGCGCCCACAGUGUUCUGCACGCAGCGCCGGCAUGGCCUCUGGGAAACAUUGUAGCGGCGGGCACACUGAUUCACGACAUGAAGGUUAGGUAUCAGACUCGUUGGAUUCAAGAUUGGGUUGCGGAAGGCCAGUGGUUGCGGUGGUCCACGUUGCAAGCGGUGGAACAACAUUCCUUUCAGAAUUAUGAAUUUGUUGUAAGAAAUCUCAAGUACUUCAUCUACAAUGUGUACACCAGCUUCUCGCCG